AUGACUGAACCGAAGAACAGUGACAUCCAAUACAAGCCUCUACAUCCCACGUUUGCAGCUGAAGCUGGAGGUGUGGAUCUGACGAAGCCAACUCCUGAGCUCGUAGCCGCUAUCAAAGACGGUCUCGCCAAGUACGGUGUCCUAGUCUUCCGCCAGACGGGUCUUGAUGACGACUCGCACGUCGCUCUCUCGCGCUUGUUUGGAGAGCUUGAUGAUGUGACACCGUACAACAAGCUCGGCCGUGUCAAUCGGCUGAAGUACGACGAACUUUUCGACGUGAGCAACGUGGAUGUAGAUGGCAAUAUCAUUCACCCGGACUCGCAGCGAGGCAUUCUAGGACGGGGCAACCAGAUCUUCCAUGUGGACUCUUCCUUCAAUCCGCGACGUGCAGGCUAUAGUUUACUGCUGUCGCACCACCUACCGCCCAAAGGGCUCGGUGGACAGACAGAGUUUGCGGACUCCCGGACGGCGUAUAAUGAUCUUCCCAAGGAGCGUAAAGACCGAAUCAAUGACUAUGUCCUCAAGCACUCGCAGCACCACUCGCGGCGAGUAGCCAACCCUGGCGAGAAGAUGCUGGAUGAUCCGAAAUGGCUACCCGAGAGUUACCCUUUCGGGUUGCAUAAGCUCGUCCAGCUUCAUGAGCCCUCGGGACGAAUGAAUCUGUACAUCGCGAACCAUGCUCAUUCCAUCGUGGGCAAACCUGUCGCUGAGGGGCAAGCGGAGAUCAAAGAGUUGAUUUCGCUUGCUACACAGCCUCAGUACAUUUGUCCGAUAUCCUGGAACGAUCCGGGAGAUCUAGUGAUCUGGGACAACACCUGCGUCAUGCACCGCGCUACAUCCGGAUCCUUCGAGGGCAAGUACAGGCGGGAUAUGAGGCGCACAACGGUACAUGAUUCCAGCAGUCAUGCUUGGGGUCUCAACAAGGUGGGAGAUACUUGGCGGUCGGGACUACCAUGA